UAAUUCAAUUGCACGUUUCAAUGACAGUUUCGACCCUUAAAUUUGACCGAACCAAAUUUUAUUUACCAUUCUUAUUUGAAAACAUUCCGUUUAGGUAAUUGAUAUAAAUUAUAAGUAAAUAAAAUGCCUGUACAAGCGAAAAUAGGUCCGUCUAUUUUGAAUGCUGAUUUGGCUGACUUGGCAAACGAAUCGCAAAAACUACUUAAUAAUGGUGCAGAUUAUCUGCAUCUUGAUGUAAUGGAUGGUCACUUUGUACCAAAUCUUACCUUUGGUCACACAUUGGUCAAGUGCUUAAGGAAUAAAAUUAAGAAAGAUUUUUUUGAAACUCAUAUGAUGGUGUCGCGACCUCAGCAAUGGAUUGAACCUAUGGCUGACGCUGGUGUUAAUCUUUAUACAUUCCAUAUAGAACCGGUUAUGGAAGAAGUGUCAAGCGUUUGCCGAAAAGUACGUGAAUCAGGAAUGAAAGUAGGAUUAGCCUUGAAACCAGGCACUGAGGUUCAAGUAGUUGAACAAUAUGUUGACAUGGCAGAUUUAGUUCUAGUAAUGACUGUGGAACCGGGAUUUGGUGGACAAUCAUUUAUGGCCAAUAUGAUGCCAAAAGUAGAGUGGCUACGUAAUCAUUACCCAAAUCUCGACAUAGAAGUGGAUGGUGGAGUUGGUCCAAAAACCAUUGAAAGUUGUGCAAAAGCUGGCGCAAAUAUGAUUGUUUCUGGUACAGCUGUUAUACAAGCUCCUAAUCAACGAGAUGUUAUAAGCCUGCUUAGAGACACAGUUCAAAAAUACACAAACACCGCAUGCACACAUGUACACUAAUGAGUGCAUUAUUACUUACGGUUUUCAUAUAUUCGGGAUAUUAAUACGAGCAGGUGCCUCAAAACUCGGCGACACGCUUAAGAGUUAAUGUAUGUUAUUUUUUAAAUACAUACUGUAUAUUUUUUAAAUACAUACUGUAUAUUUUUUAAACGGUUUUAUAGAAAAAUAAUAAAUAAAAAAAAAGUAAUUUCCAACAAAAACGAAA